AUGGAGGCGUCAGAGCGACGCCCCCUCGUGGCUCGCGCAGUCAGGUCCAGCGACCACACGAGCGCAGAUUCAUCGUCGCACCGCUCUUCGCAGCGCUCUUCGCACAGCCAUCGCAGUCACGACCUCCAUCCGUUGACGAGCAUCGUCGUUUUCUGCGGCUAUGGCGUCGCACUCCUCCUCGCAUUCAACGUCAUGCGAUUGGGGCCUGCGUUGCCCUCGUCGCAUCCCGUCGCAGCGUGCGACGCCUCGCGUGGUGACACGUGCAACUGGGCGACCCACGCGACCCACCAGCUGCUGCACCGCCCGUGGAGCCCUCCCGUGGCGGCGCUGGCCGUGCUGGGGUUCGCGCUGCUCUUGCUCCGCGCACUUUCUGGGCAGGCGGCGCGAGUGCGCGCUCUGGAGAUGCGUUUGCGAGGGGCGAAGGGGGAACAGGCGGUUGAACAGGAGCGGGUGAGCAAGGGGGAAGAGGAGGAGAAUAUGGUGGAGAAGAAAGGGUGGAUAGGAAAAGAGAUUGACGGAGGGGAGGAGAGUGCGAGAGCGAGAGGUGCGGAUGCAGGCACGGCGGUUGGCGCAUUGGUCUCACGCGAUGGGGACAUGGCUACGCGAGCUGCUGUCGACCUGCUGGUCCACGGGAUAGCCGCGCCCAUGAGAGGCGCGCUGGGCAUGCUGCGCCUGCUGGCGGCGACCGUGCGCGACCCCAUGCACCUCGACCUCAUCCACUCGCUCCACGCCUUCGCCGCGCACCUCACCCGCCUCGCCGCCGCCGCCAGCACCACGUGGCGCGCGCAGGCCGGCCCGCUGCCCGUGGUGACGUCAGCGGUGGACGUGCGGGGGGUGGCGGACGAGGUGGUGGCGGCGGUGGGCGGGGAGGCGCGCGAGAAGGGGGUGGAGCUGGCGUGCCUGGUCAUGGACGACGUGCCCCCGCUGCUGCUCUCCGACCCCCUCCUCCUCAAACAGCUGCUGCUGUGCGUGGCGGCGGCAGCAGUGCAGCGCACGGAGCAGGGCCACGUGCUGCUCUGCGUGCGCCUGCUGCACCCCCAAGAGGCCCUCCAGCGCCAGCAGCAGCAGCAGAAGAGGGGUGCGCAUGAGAAGCACCAAGUGGUGGCAGCGAUUGAGAAUGCGGGCGUGCAACCGAGGCACGGCGAGGGCAACAGCCUGCUCCUGCCGCCCUCACGCAUGCCCCUCCCACCGCCCACCCACCACCACCCCCUCUCCCCGCCCCCCACCACAGCAUCCGCUUCUGCCUCCGCGGCCCCUUUCCCCUCCGUGUUCUCCGCGCCCUCCUCCCCUUCCUCCCUCUUCUCCAGCCCGGACCUCCUCGGGCUGGGCGGCAUCGCUCGGCGUCUAGCAGCGUAUGCUGCUCCGUGGAGUGAGCAGGGGGGGCAGGAACAGGCUGACAGCGGGGCGGGUGUGUUUGCAUCGCUCUCCGCUGACGCGUGGCUGCAGCAGGGGGGAAUGGCGCACAGCGAUGCCUAUGAGCACCGCCAGCAGCAGCGGCAGACGCAUCAACAGCAGAAUCGCCAGCAAAGGCAGGAGCAGCAGCGCUUCCAGCAGCAGCACCAGCAGAAUGAGCAGGAACAGGUGCAGAGGGACGGGGGAAAGGACAGUUUGAGUGGGAGGCGGGUGGUGGACGGGCGGUGCAGCUGGGGCGCGUUGAGGCGGCUGCUGGACGACCAGGAGAGCCGAUUCGCUGCUGCCGUCGCACACGCUGUUGCUACUGGUAACGCUGGUGCCGCUACUGCUGCGGCUGCUGGUGGUGGCAGCAGCAGUGGGAUGGGGCAGGUGUGGGUGGAGGUGGUGGUGGAGGACACGGGCACGGGCGUGCCGCAACCCGUGGUGGACGCACUCAACGCCAUGGAUGGCGCUAACGCUGCUGCCUGCGCCUGUGCUGCUCUACCAGAGGCGUUGCUGCCUCUCCAUGCCACCACGCCCCUGCUGCUCGCCCACGCACACCUCCUGGCGACCUCUCUGGGCGGGUCCCUCUCGCUCACCACAGCACCCGCCAUCGGCACCACCGUCGCCCUCACCAUCCCCAUGGCCCUCCCCCCCCUCGCCCCCACGCCCUCCUCCUCCCCCGCCCUUCUCCCCUCCGCCCCAACACCUCCCCCUCCCCAUGCGCCUCUUUCCCCUGCCUUCCGCCCUGCCUCUGCGCCCUCCUUCCCCCGUGCGGGGGGGAGCAGCGGCAGCGAGGGGGGGUUAGCGGCGCUGGUGGGGUUGUGGGAGAGCGUGGGGGCGGACGGCGGGCUGUGGGAGGCCAUGGGGCUGGGGGGGGGCGCGGGGCAGGGCGGGGGGGGAAGGGAUUCCGGUGCUACUGCAGCAGGGGAAGGUGCAGAGGAAGGGGGUGCAAGGGGGGGCGCACGUGAGGGGAAUGGGGGGGGAGCUGGUGGUGAGGGCGGGGGCAGGGGGGCGUGGAUGGGGGAGGUGGGGGUGAGGGAGGUGGGGGCGGCGGAGAGGAGGGCGGUGAGGGAGGUGGGGGCGGUGGGGGGGGUGGGGGGCGAGCAGUGGGAGGUGGUGGCGCCACUGGUGGAGCAGGUGCAGGGCGUGCGGUGCCUUGUGGUGGCAGCGUCACUGCUAUCGCGCCUGGGCAUGGACGUGGAUCUCUCAGACAGUGUGGCGGACGCCGUUGCUGCCCUGCAGUGCGCCCCUCCCGCCCUGCACCCCGCAGCAGCGGCAUGGCAGGAAGGGGUGGGGAGCGGUGGGAGCCGGUGGGACGUGGUGCUGGUGGAUGCAGACUGCGAUGGCACCCCGGGCUCUGGCCUUCUCCUUGGCUCCCAUGUGGCCCGCAUCAACGCCACCCAUGCCGCCGCCCAUGCCACCCAUAAUGCCUACUCUCACACUGCCGACCACAUUGCACAUGCUCCCGGCAGUGACUCUGCUGUUGCCCCCGCUGCUCCUGCUACGGUCUUUUCCGCAGGGGACAUGGACCGUGGGCAGACAGCAGGGGCAGCAUCAGCGGCAGGGGCAGGGCCAGAGACGGUGAGCAGAGGAGAGUUCACGCCAUUGGCAGAGGAUGGCGUGGGUGGGGAGGACGAGGGGAACAGUGGGGCGAAAGAGGGGUGUGGUGGGGGGGCGGACAUGGGCGCAGGGCAGGUAGAGCAGAGGGUAUGGGGUGAGUGCAGAGAGGGCGAGCGUGGGGAGGGGGUGGUGGAAGGGCGAGUGGGGAGGAAGGAGCUGGGUGAGGGGGAGCUGUCACAGGAGCACGCCCAGGCACAACAACAGCAGCAGCAGCAGCAGCAGCAGCAGCAGCAGCAGCAGCAGCAGCAGCAGCAGCAGCGGGCAGAGGCAGAGGGAGAGGGAGAGCAGCAGCAGUGGGCGGAGAGGGGCGAGUCGCUAGUGUUGCCUGGCAUCUCAUCCAAGCUCGUGCUGGUGGCGCAGGUCAGUGGGGCAGACAAGCAUGAAGGCCGCGUGCAGGCAACGAGUGAGGACAUGGCGUUGGCAGCAGCAUCGCAUGGAUUUUCCUGCAUUGCUCUCAAGCCCCUCCGCACGCCAGUGCUCGCUACAGCCAUGCUGCAGGCCCUGGGCGUGAGUGCAAGGGAGGUGCAGCAGGCAGCAGCGCAGCAGCAGCAGCUGCACCUCAGACGACUGCUGCGAGGCAAAGUGGUGGACGCCUGCUUCACCACGCGCAAGGCAGCAGCAGUGGCCGUCUCCCAGUUCGCCGAUGCAGCCUCACUCUUUGUCCAGCGCCUGCGCGAGAUGGAAGCUGCUGCAGCUGGUGAGGCAGUAGCGGGAAGUGGGGAAUACAGGGGAGCUUCAAGAGAGGAUGCGGAGAUGACUAGAAGUGCCAGUGGCGGCAGUGCUGCAGUGGGUGGUGGUGGUGCAGAGGAGGCAUGCGGCAGCAGUGCUUGUCAGAUUCCAGUGCCCGUGCUGGGAAUGGUUACAGAUUUCCUCUCCAACGACAUGCCACCACGGUAUGCAGCAUUCUUUCCUUAA